AUGCCGUCUUUCGACCGCUACUACGCCUCCUCGUCGCCCGUCGUCACAAUGCCAGCAGAGGUCGCCCACAACUUCUCGUUUGGCAAGUCCUACCUGGAUCAGCAAGCCUCGCUCAGCCAACCCAUCUCAUGGCCACAACUCCUCCGCAACUGCUCCGCGGCCGGACGUAAACGCUCGCGCGAUGAAGCCGCCGUCAACCUUGAUCCUCCUGAGAAGAUUGUCGAGCCCGUCAUCAAGGAGUCGGAAGACGAAUGGGUCUACGGCCCUGGCAUGACCCUCAUCAGAAAGAAGUCCGGAUACGUUGCCGAUGCUAGCAGUCAGUCUGGCACCUGGGUCGAUGAGAAGGCUCAACUCGAAGCGGCGCGCAAGUCCGAAGAGGCCCUCAGCUUGCAGCAACAAAUGUCCCAAGAAAGACCAUCCCUGCGCAGCCACAAAUCACAACGGCUUGAUCCUCGCUCCUCCAACAGCACUCUCUCCAGUCGCGGCGGCAGCCCAUUGCGCGACACUUCCAACCCAAUGACCGCCUCACCGGAUUCGUUGGCCGGUCCAAUUGUUGACGACUUUACCGUUCAUCUCGGCAUCGGCUGGGCCCGAAUCCCCGAAAGCAAGCAACCCGCAGCUCGUGGUUGGGCGCGCUACAUCGAAAACCACUACUCUGUCACAAAUGCCAAGAUCCUAUUGGAAAGCCAUGGCCUGGAGGCGUAUCUGGUUGAGGCUACUGAAGGAUACUUCUUAUUCGCCGAGAACCUCCGUCAAGGGCGACUUGUCAGCAAGACUGCCGACGGCAUGCUUCAAAAUCUCAAGGGAACACCGCCUGUUUUCGAUGGCCCCGUCACAAUGGAUGCCUCUCAAACGACUAGGCCCACCAAUGCUGGCCCAUCCAUCUUUGAUGUUGCCAGCGAGAUGGACAUGAGCUAG